UUGUCGUAGCCCCGCGGUAGAUGAUGGAGGAUGAAUGAAGCGUCUAUGCUAGCAGUUAGCUAGCUACAACAACAUGACAGCAUAUAUAUGACAGAAACAAGCUAGUUCUGCCGUGCUGGAGCAAGAAACCACUGAAUAAUAAAGACAUUUGGGAGCUGUGAAGGGGACCCAACCAAUGGGGUUUUGCAUGCUUGUCACACAAGCUAAGCAGGACAGCUAGCUAGUUGCUAGCUAAUAACAAACGCUAGCAUGCACUGGAAGGAGUCACUUGGGGCGGAUGCAAGAUUGAAACUCUGAAUCAACAGUAAACAGAGACAUCUCGAGAGGGCUGAGGUAACAGUGCCACCAUGUACUCCAGCCAAAACAACCGCAUGAAGUCCAGCUGCAACAGCAGCAGCAUCACUGAGCUGCUGGGGGCCCUGUGUGACUGCAGCCUGUCUGGGGUGUCCUGGAAACGUCGUGCCCUGGGUGGAGUCUCAAGAGAGGGUUUCCGCAGAGCUCUCAAGAAGUGUGCCUACGGCUCGCUGCUGUCUAAGCUAUUUCAAGAUGACACCAAAGGGUCUGCCCCAGCACCGAGUGCCACAGCUAAUACACCACCCAAAAACAAAGUCCUGAUGAUAUGCUUUGACUUGCGGGUGGCUGGGUGUCGAGAGGAAGCAGAGAGGUUGGAGGAGCAGCUGGGGAUGCUGCUGGAGGGAGAAUCCUCUGGCCUGAAGGAAAUAGACGCAGUCCUUGAGCUGUUGGUACAUCUGGCUGGUUCGGCACCUCCACCCCCUACCUCUUUUAGCAGGGACUACAUGAGACGAGAGAGGCCCGUGCUGCGGAGGCCUCGACCCUGGGGCUACCAGAGCGAGGAGCUGCAGAGGCUAGAGGCCCGGGCCUGGGGUCUGGUCUGUGGGGAAGAAUGGGGGACUUUGGAGAGUUUGUGUGGAACUCAGAGGUUAAUGGAUGCCCCUCCAGGUACAGGACUGCUGGUUCUGAGAACUAAAUUGGAAGCGGAAGAAAGGUUUGAGAGGGAUACCAGGAUGACGCUGUUUGGAGCACUGCAGCACACUCGUACCUCAGACAUAGACAUAAGACUGGACCUGCCUCCUGUUCCCAGUAAUAUUGAUGUAACUGGACUGGCUAUAAGGGUCCCCUCAUGUUUAGAUCAGUCUGAGGAUGAGGGCUUCCAGUCCGCUUCCAACAUGACCCCAGACUCUCAGUCAGAGAGCAGCCCCAUUCCAGAUGUUGAUAUAUGGGAGGCUCUCCGCACGUUUGAGCCUGGAAGACGCCGCUGCUGGGAGUCUGUUGGCUGCCCACCGGGGAAAAGAGAGUCACUCUAUCUAACAGAAGGAGGCAGAGAGGCCUUUGACCAGCUCUAUCGUCUAUGGGAGGGGGAGAUGAGGGUGGUCAGCACUGCUACACCCUCUCCUCUCCUUCCCCUGCCCCUGGACUCUCAGGCCCAACUGGUAUUUGACCUCCUCAAUGUAUUGAUCGGAGUGGCAUCCACGACCUUCCCUCUUAACCAGAGUGUUCAGUUUGAUGUCAGACCGGGUGUGUGCGUGUCGGGAGCCUCUCCAGAGAGUGUGUCUCGUCUCUUGGGGGAGCUGGCCCAGCAUGGCACCCACUACCUGAGGCUUAGUCGCUUUUCUCUGCAGAGUGCUGACAAAAAAGGCCUAGUUUUACAGGCUUUUACAGGUGGGCUGCGUAAGUACCUGCAUUACUACAGGGCUUGUGUACUCAGCACUCCACCCACCCUCAGUCUGUUGACCAUUGGCUUCCUCUUCCGCAAAGUGGGCCGCCAACUAAGGUACCUGUCAGAGCUGUGCUGUGUAGAUGGGCCUUUAGGUGCAGGACAGGCUACCUUCCCUGUGGGUGUUAAACUGCUGUCCUACCUGUACAAUGAAGCACAGAAUAACUGCAGUAACGAGAACUAUCCCGUCCUGCUGUCGCUGCUGAAGAGCAGCUGCGAACCUUAUACACGGUUUGUGUCUGACUGGGUGUAUAGUGGCGUGUUUCGGGAUGUUUAUGGAGAAUUCAUGAUCCAGGUCAAUGAGGACUAUCUCUGCUUCAGAGACAAACACUUCUGGGUCCAAGGCUACACUCUGAUCUCAAAGGAUGUGGAGGAUUGUGUGCCCAUCUUCCUGAGACACAUCGGCAAUGACGUGUACGUCUGUGGGAAGACCAUCAACCUCCUCAAGAUCUGCUGCCCGCAGCACUACAUCUGCUGGUCGGAGCUGCCGGUGCCUCGCAUCGCUGUCACCUUCUCCCUCCAGGAGGUGGAGGAGAUCGAGAGGGACUGCGCUGUGUAUCGCGGACGCAUGGAGAGGGUUGCUAAGCACAGCGCCAUCACCAGGGAGGAGCAAGCCCAGCGAGCAGAGCAGGCACGCCAGGAACUGAUCAAUCAGGUCAGAGAGUCAGCGGCCAAAACCCUGGAGAGCAUUCGCGGGCGCCAGGUGUCACAACGUCUGGCUGAGGAGGCCAAGAAGAGGAAGCGUUUUGAGGAGCAGAAACAGCACCUGGAGCAGGAGCAAGAGUGGCACAGUGUAGCCAAGAACAAGCAGGAGGAGGACGACUUCAGCUUUGCCAGAGAGCUGAGGGACAGAGAGAAAAGACUACAAGCCCUGGAGGAGCAACUGGAGCAGAGAGCCAGGAAGGAGCUGAUAGCUCAGUACAGCCGUCUGUCAGAGGAUGCAGCUCGUAGAGAGAGACGGGCCAUGUGGCAGGUGCAGCGUAUGAGACUCGAUGAAGCCCGGUCUCAGUUCUUCAUGCAUGACAGUCAGCAGACUCAGGCAAUGCUAAAGAGAUAUCCAUUAGGCCAGGAGAGACCUCCCAUGGAAGUGUUGCCAGCUGUUCCCACAGCUCAACAGACUGCGCCACAACCAACACUGGAACCUCCCAGUCUGGAUCCGUCUGAACAGCAGCCAGCAGGGAGUCAGGAAUGUGAUGCUGUCUCACCACCACCUGACCCAUCUUCAUCCACCCUAACAGUUGACCACGUCCUCAUCUCUGAGGACAUCGACAUCAAUGAUUUUCUCCCCAAGUCACAGAAUCCUGUCAGUCAGCAGGUAGACGACGCCCUGCAGGAGAUUGGCUCUGACCUACCUGAAGUUUGUCCUACAGCACAGCUAGUAGACUAUGACUUCAGUGCCCCCUUUAGUCCAUUUGAGGGUAUCACCGAACAAGCCUUAGUCCAGCCACGGCCUCGCUGGGGACCUGCAGUUCAGCCCGACUUGAUCCAAAACCAUCCGUCUUUUUCCCACAUUCCCAUUGGAGAGAACAUCUCUCAAUCCCAGGAUGGUCUCCCCAAAGCCAGCCCCUUUGGCCAAGCCUCCAAAUCCAGCUUUCCUCUUGGCCAAUACACCCCAGAGGAGACCCAGAAUACAUUCAGAGCAAAUAUUUAUGGACAUCCCUCUCAAGCCACAGUGCAGCUAGAGGAUGGGAGUGGCGAAAUGGCAAAAACCAAACAGAAGGAGGUUGCAUCUAUGAUAGAACCGAUAAUUGAAAGUGGGAAUUUAGAAAGUAAAGUAGAGGGAAGUGAAGACAAGGGUAAAUCUGUUGAGGCAGCAAAAGAUGAUUAUGUGUUUGAUGCCCCAUCCACUACACCACAAAGUGGCAAAGAUGAUGGUCAUCACAAAGCAUUGACAAGUCUUUCUGACUGUGGUGGGAUUGAUCCACCUGAUGCAAACCCUCAAGACCACAGCUCAGAUGUUCAAGAUAAAGCUGGUGAUAAUAUUUCUUUGCCAAACAUUCAUGUCUCCAGUGCUCACCUAAAAGCCGGAGAGCUGGUUUCAGAUGCUGUUGCCCAGCAGCCUUCAUCCAGCAUCCAUGGACAUCCCUCUGAUGCUCACAUACAUGUCGGACAGCUUGUAUCAGAGGUAACUGCUCCCCUUCCAGACCCUAACGUCCACGGUCACGCCUCAGAUUCACACAUGAAGAUUGGAGAACAUAUGUCGGAAGUCGGUGCUCCUCUACCUUCCGCCAGUGUUCAUGGCCACUCUUCUGAUGCUCACAUUAAAGUCGGGGAGAAUGUUGCAGAGUUUGUCGCUCCUCUCCCUGUUCAAAAUAUCCAUGGUCAUGCCUCAGAUGCCCACAUCAAAGUGGGUGAGCAUGUUUCUGAUGUGGUUGCCUCUCUGCCCUGCCCCAAUGUUCACGGUCACAGUUCAGAUGCCCACAUUAAAGUUGGAGAAAAUAUCUCAGAUUUUGUCGCAGCACAUCAUGCCCCCAGCAUCCACGGUCACUCCUCUGAUGCGAAUAUAAAAGUGGGCGAGUUUGUGUCCAACAUACCCGAAGCAAGACCUCGUUGGAGUAAACAUGGGCAUGCCUCAGACUGCAUCCUUCAGGCGGGCUGUGUGGUGUCUGGAGCUGAACCCGCCUCGACUGCUCUCCCUGGAAGCUCCUAUGGUCACUCCUCAGACUCGGGGUUGGGAGCUGGAUGUGUAGUUUCAGGGGAAGAACCCAAACUUUCUCCUCUACCCGGCAGCGCCCAUGGUCACUCUUCAGACUCACAUUUAGGCAUCGGAUGUGCUGUGACCGAAGCUGAACAACUUCCAUCACCACUGCCAGGCAGCGCCUACGGUCACUCUUCAGACUCACAUUUAGGCAUCGGAUGUGCUGUGACCAAAGCUGAACAACUUCCAUCACCACUGCCAGGCAGCGCCUACGGUCACUCUUCUGAUUCGACGUUGGAGGCGGGUUGUGUGGUGUCGGGGGCCGAGCCACAACCGGCUGCACCACCCAGCAGCAUUUAUGGCCACUCAUCAGAUUCUUCACUUGCAGUUGGGUGCGUGGUGAAGGACAUCUUAAAUCAGGGUUCUAAGCCGGACAGCUCUGGUGAGCAGCUGGAUGAGUUCAUGGGGUCCUGGGCAGCAGGCUUCGGUUUGUCCCCUGGAGAAAAGUCUGAGCAGGAAUACCUCUUGGCUUUGUGUGCUCAGUACGAGGUAGAACAAUACCAAGACUGCUACAACCUGAUGGCUUCGUCCCCCGAGUGUGAGCUGCUGAAGCAGGUAACCCGAGGCCCCUGGGGACUUCCUAUGGACCCCACGCUCCGCAAAGCCACAGACACCACUGCUAUCCAACUCAGCGAGAUGGUUUCACUGCCAGUUCUGAUAAAGCAGGCCGUCACUACCCCGCUCAUCACACAUGUGUCUUUGGUGAACAAGGCAGUGGUGGACUACUUCUUUGUGGAGUUGGGGGUGGAGAGACACUUUGAGGCGCUGCGCCACUUCCUGCUGAUGGAGGAUGGCGAGUUCGCACAGUCCCUCAGCGACCUGCUCUUUGAAAAGCUGGGCAGUGGCCAGACUCCCGGCGAGCUGCUGACCCCCCUGGUCCUGAACUCCAUCCUCAGUAAGGCCCUGCAGUACAGCCUACAUGGGGACACCCCUUUAGCCGCUAACUUCACCUUCGCCCUGCGCUUCCUCCCGGAGACCUUCCACCCGCACGCCCCUGAUUCUCUCAACUGUCUGGAGCUACGCUACAAGGUGGACUGGCCGUUGAACAUCAUCAUCACGGACAGCUGCAUGAACAAGUACAACCGUCUGUUCUCGUUCCUGCUGCAGCUCAAACACAUGGUGUGGAGCCUUCGUGAAGUCUGGUUCCACCUCAAGAGAACAGCGCUGGUGAAAGGAGCAGGUCGCUCGGUGCAGUUUCAUCAGCUGCAGCUGUACAGACAUGAAAUGCAGCAUUUUGUCAAGGUGAUGCAGGGAUACAUCGCCAACCAGAUCCUGCAAGUGUCCUGGAGCGAGUUCACAGCCAAGCUGGACUCUGCCAGCGACCUGGACGCCAUCCACCGUACGCAUGCAGACUACCUCAACAGGGCCAUCUUCAGGGGUUUGCUGACAGAGAAGGCGGCUCCGGUCAUGAACAUCAUCCACAGCAUCUUCAGCCUGAUCCUCAAGUUCCGGGCUCAGCUGAUCGCACAGCCCUGGGGCAGCCAGCAGGGGGAGGCAGUGCACCCCAGCUUCGUUGCCAUGCAGCAGUCGUACAACACCUUCAAGUAUUACUCUCACUUCCUUUUCAAAGUGGUGACCAAGCUGGUGAACAGAGGCUACCAGCCUCAUCUAGAGGAUUUCCUUCUUCGCAUCAACUUCAACAACUACUACAAAGACUCCUGAGCUGUGUACCUGUGUGUACGCUGUAGGACUUGACAUGAAACAGGCAUACAUGUUCGAUACUGAUCCAAUGCACCAUUGUGUACCAUGAGUGUUUACAUUUUUUAAAUCCCCGAUACGUGUUUAUAAGACAGAUAAUCAUAUAUAGGCGUAUGGAAUAAAUUCAAUUAAUUUGGCCCAAAAUAUAUCUUAAACCCCACCUGUGCUUUAUAAGGGCAUGCAUUUAAAAUUUAAAUCAGUUUAAGCAAUCAAUGUGCUGGAUUUGAACUACAUGUCUGUGUGCUUGAUUGAUGGCUUUACUUCCAAAACUGUAUGCUGCUGAAGUUUGUAAUUGAGAAGAUGCUAACGCCUACUGUAAAGUCUCACGCCCAGGUGUGCCUGCAGCUAUGUAGAUUUUAAGUACAUAUACAUUAAGUGGCAGUUAUAUGUAAAUACAAGAGCAAAAUGCUUUUAA